AUGGCAGCAAAGGUCGAUGAUGAGUCCUCUGACAUACCAGAGCGACUUUACGAUUCUACCAAUAAUAAAACCUACAAACGUAUGCGAUUUUUUGGAAAGGUUGGCCUUGGGGCUCUGUUUAUAAAACUGGACCCAUUUGGACCCUUGGUGGCCGGCAAAAUUGUUUCGAAAAAAUUCAUAAUGAAACAUAAUCUAAAAGACCAAAUGACCCAAGAAAUCACCAUUCAUCGCAGUCUGAAUCAUGCAAAUAUUGUUAAGUUUCAUUGGUUCUUUCAGGACAGCUUUAAUAUUUAUAUUGUACUGGAUCUGUGCAAGGAGCGGUCCAUGUGGGAAUUACUCAAACAUCGAAAAACCAUAACUGAUUACGAAUGCCGCUACUAUAUCUACCAAAUAAUACAGGGUGUGAAGUACCUGCACGAUAAUCGUAUCAUUCAUCGUGAUUUAAAGUUGAAUAAUAUCUUCCUCAAUGAUAUGUUACAAGUGAAAAUUGGCGAUUUUGGUCUAGCCACACGCAUCGAAUAUGAGGGUGAACGGAAAAGUACCCUGUGCGGCACACCCGAUUUUCUUGCUCCGGAAAUUCUCACCAAAAAAGGAUAUUCCUAUGAAGUGGAUAUCUGGGCAAUUGGUUGUGUUAUGUACACCCUGCUAGUCGGCCAGCCACCAUUCGAAACGAAAACCCUCAAAGAUACCUAUUCAAAAAUCAAGAAAUGUGAUUAUCGUGUUCCGAGUUAUUUGCGUAAAUCGGCAGCCGAUAUGGUCAUAUCAAUGUUACAAUCGAAUCCCGAAAAUCGUCCAAAAAUUGGUGAUCUCUUGCAUUUUGAAUUUUUGAGCAGUUCACCGGUGCCGAUGUUUUUGCCCAGCUUCUGUCUGACAAUGGCACCACGUCUUGAGUUGAACGAAACAAUUGAUCACGAGAAUGCUCAACGUAAACAGUUGACCGAGGAAUUGAAAAGUAGUGUAACAACUACUAUUUACUACAACGAAUUGAGUUUCCUAACCAGACACGGUAAAAUACGAAAAAAGGAAUACAAUUCAUUCUUGCAGGAACAAAGUUCGUCCUCGCUUGAGGACACUUGGGACGCGUCCCCACUCAUUGAAACAAAUGUUUCAUCCUCUACCAGUGCUGCGUCACCACCACCAUGCAAAAUGGCUAAAUUGGAAAACUCAAGUAGCAGCUUGAGAGGGCAGUAUACUGAUGAGCUUUCCAAAGCAGAGGAAUUGGAAAGUGAAUCAGCAGAAGGCGAUGAUAAUUAUGUACCAACUACAUGCAAUGUAUUUGAACAAAGUUCAUCGUCGCUAGAGGACACUUGGGACUCGUCCCAACCAAUUGAAACAACUGUUUCCUCUACCAGUGCUGCGUCACCACCACCAUUGGAAAACUCAAGUAGCAGCUGCUCGAACAGUGAGGAUGCUCUAUUUAUAGCAGCUGUAAAUGCCUUAUAUAAUUUGACUACGGAUGACAAUAAAAAUGAAAUAAUAUUGGAUCAGUUGGUGGAAAGGAUUGCCCUGGCGUUCUUGGAAGCUAAGAAAAAACAACGCUUACUCGAAGAAAAUUCAGAUAAUUUUCCUGAAUUCACAUUUAGUUCUUCACUUAAUUCGAUAUACGGGAAUUAA